CUGUUAGUCAACAGCUAGCUGAAAGCGCCUCCAGUGGACGAAAAAGCAAUCUUCUACGGAUUAUUGUUCGGCUUUUUGCACUGUUUUGGAUAAAUAUGAUUUAGUCCGAGUAAAAUAGAAUCAAAAUGGAAUACGAAUCUUCCGAAAUUAGUGAUAUAACCACAGGAAGCUGCAGGAAAAGGCUUACAUUUCUGAAAUAUAUUUUAAGUGAUACCACAAACGAUCAAAAAUGGGCAGCCGAAUUCGGCGAAGACACGGAAGGACAUCAGUUUUCACUGGACUAUUUGUUGGACACCUUCAUCGUUCUCUACGACGAGUGCAGCAACUCCUCCCUGCGCAGAGAAAAAGGGGUCUCAGACUUCCUCAAACUAUCCAAACCCUUCGUGCACAUUGUGCGAAAACUUCGACUGAGCCGCGAUGAUUUUGACAUACUUAAAAUUAUCGGGCGGGGUGCCUUUGGAGAGGUUUGCGUGGUUCAGAUGAUAUCCACCGAAAAGGUGUAUGCUAUGAAGAUCCUGAACAAGUGGGAGAUGCUAAAGAGGGCUGAAACGGCCUGCUUUCGUGAGGAGCGGGAUGUCCUGGUGUUCGGGGACCGUCAGUGGAUCACCAACUUGCACUACGCCUUUCAAGACAAUAUUAACCUGUAUCUAGUAAUGGACUAUUACUGCGGCGGCGACCUUCUGACGCUCCUUAGUAAAUUCGAGGAUAAGCUUCCCGAGGAUAUGGCGAAAUUCUACAUAACAGAGAUGAUUUUAGCCAUCAACAGUAUUCACCAGAUUAGAUACGUGCAUAGGGAUAUUAAGCCUGAUAAUGUGCUUCUUGACAAACGUGGUCAUGUGCGGCUGGCAGACUUUGGAUCCUGCCUUCGAUUGGACAAGGAUGGCACCGUGCAAUCAAAUGUGGCUGUUGGCACACCCGACUACAUUUCUCCGGAAAUAUUGCGGGCCAUGGAGGAUGGAAAGGGGCGCUACGGAACGGAGUGCGAUUGGUGGUCUCUCGGAGUGUGCAUGUACGAAAUGUUGUACGGGGAGACGCCCUUCUACGCAGAGAGUUUGGUGGAGACCUACGGCAAGAUUAUGAAUCAUCAAAACUGCUUUAACUUACCGUCACAAGAAACCAUUAACUACAAAGUAUCGGAAACGUCGCAGGCCUUGCUCUGCAAACUGAUAUGUAUACCCGAGAAUCGGCUCGGCCAAAAUGGCAUUCAAGACUUUAUGGAUCACCCCUGGUUCGUAGGAAUUGAUUGGAAAAACAUAAGACAGGGGCCCGCUCCGUAUGUGCCGGAAGUGUCGAGUCCCACGGAUACCUCCAACUUUGAUGUGGACGACAAUGACGUCCGGUUAACGGACUCCAUUCCUCCGUCGGCCAAUCCCGCCUUUUCCGGCUUUCAUUUACCAUUCAUAGGAUUCACCUUUUCGCUUAGCAGCAGCUCCGCCUUGGACUCAAAGAAGCACCAGAGCUCUGGAUUCGGAGACGACACUUUGGACACCAUAAGCAGUCCGCAGCAGGCCAUCCUUCCGGGCAACAACUCGGAGGCGUCAGUGGACUCAGUUCAAGAAAAGCAGGUCAAGGCCCUAAACGAGCAGCUAGCAGCUAUAAAACAGGAAAAGAUCGAGUUAACGAAGCAACACAACGAAAUUUUUGAGAGGCUCAAGUCUCAGGAGGCGGAACUCCAGGACGCAGUUUCCCAGCGAAACAUCGCUAUGAUGGAGUACUCGGAGGUCACUGAGAAACUCUCGGAACUGCGCAAUCAGAAGCAGAAGCUUUCGCGGCAGGUGAGGGACAAGGAGGAGGAACUCGAUGGAGCCAUGCAGAAGAACGACAGUCUGCGGAAUGAGCUGCGCAAAUCAGACAAAACUCGGCGCGAGUUGGAGCUGCACAUCGAGGACGCCGUCAUUGAGGCCGCCAAAGAAAAGAAGCUAAGGGAGCACGCGGAGGACUGCUGCAGGCAGCUGCAGAUGGAGUUGCGAAAGGGAUCCUCGAGCGUGGAGACCACCCUGCCCCUGAGUAUUUCAUCGGAGAUGUCCUCGUACGAGAUCGAAAGACUGGAGCUGCAGUUCUCGGAGAAAUUGAGUCACCAGCAGACGCGCCACAACAUGGAGAUGGAAGCACUGCGUGAACAGUUUAGCGAGUUGGAGAACACCAACUUGGAGCUCAAGAAUGAGCUACAGCAAACACAGGAUAGGCUGAAGUUCACCCAGUUGGAAUCAAUUACUGAUUCCGCCGAGACAUUGUUGGAACUGAAGAAGCAGCACGACUUAGAAAAGUCGUCCUGGAUCGAGGAAAAGCAGAGGCUGAGCUCCGAGGUGAAUCUUAAAUCGAAGAGCCUGAAGGAACUCCAGGCCGAGGACGACGAGAUCUUUAAGGAGCUGCGCAUGAAGCGGGAGGCCAUAACAUUGUGGGAGCGACAAAUGGCAGAGAUCAUUCAGUGGGUUUCGGAUGAGAAGGAUGCGCGUGGCUACCUCCAGGCACUGGCCACCAAAAUGACGGAGGAGUUGGAGUACUUAAAGCACGUCGGAACAUUCAACAACAACGGUGUGGACAAUAAAAAUUGGCGGAACCGUCGCUCCCAGAAGCUUGACAAGAUGGAGCUGCUCAACCUGCAAAGUGCGUUGCAAAGGGAGAUCCAGGCAAAGGCCAUGAUAUCGGACGAGCUGAGUCAGACCAGAUCGGACCUAAUUUCCACGCAGAAGGAGGUGCGGGACUACAAAAAACGAUAUGAUUCCAUUUUGCACGACUUUCAGAAAAAGGAGACCGAGCUGCGGGAUUUGCAGAAGGGAGGCUUGGAAUACUCGGAGUCGUUCCUGAGCAAAUCAAGCCAUCACGGUUUGAGCAGCGCGUUCUUCCGCGACAUGUCGAAGAACUCCGAGAUCAUAGACUCUGCCGAGAGUUAUGGCAACGAGUCCGGCGACAAUUUCACGCCCAACUUCUUCCAGUCCGGCAAUUCGGGCAUGCUCUUUAACUACGAGCCAAAGUAUGCAGGCAAGAACAGUAAGGACAGCUCGGCCGUGAAGGAAGUAUCGGUCAGCGAUUUGUCGCGAGAGGAGAGCGACCUGCUGGUCAAGGAAUCUCAGAAGAAAGUGCCCGGCAACACGGCGAUCCAUCAGUUCCUGGUGCGUACCUUCAGCAGCCCGACAAAGUGCAAUCACUGCACCUCCCUGAUGGUGGGACUUACGCGGCAGGGAGUUGUUUGCGAAAUCUGCGGAUUCGCCUGUCACACGAUUUGCUGCCAGAAGGUUCCCACCACGUGCCCCGUGCCCAUGGAUCAGACAAAGCGGCCACUGGGAAUCGAUCCCACCAGGGGAAUCGGCACCGCAUACGAGGGCUACGUCAAGGUCCCCAAAUCGGGUGUGAUCAAACGCGGUUGGAUUCGUCAGUUUGUGGUCGUAUGCGACUUCAAGUUGUUCCUUUACGACAUUUCACCCGAUCGGUGUGCAUUGCCCAGUGUGAGUGUCUCCCAAGUGCUGGAUAUGCGGGAUCCAGAAUUCUCUGUGGGAAGUGUGCGGGAAAGCGACGUCAUUCAUGCCGCCAAGAAAGAUGUGCCAUGUAUUUUCAAGAUAAAAACCGCCCUUAUUGACGGCGGACUGUCGUUAAACACCCUUAUGCUCGCCGACAACGAGUCGGAAAAGUCCAAGUGGGUUAUUGCCCUGGGCGAACUACAUCGAAUAUUGAAAAGAAACAGCUUACCAAAUACUGCUAUAUUUAAAGUUAAUGAGAUUUUGGACAAUACCCUGUCAUUAAUACGUAACGCAUUGUGUUCUGUCAUCAUAUACCCAAAUCAGAUUUUGCUGGGAACAGAAGAUGGCCUGUUCUACAUAAAUUUAGACCAGUACGAAAUCGCUCGUAUUGGAGAAAGCAAGAAGAUUCUUCAGCUAUGGUACAUUGAAGAGGAGCAGAUUCUCGUUAUUCUGUGCGGAAAACAACGUAAUCUGCGUCUGUUACCCAUCAGAGCAUUAGAGGCUAGUGAUGUUGAGUGGAUCAAAGUAGUCGAAUCGAAAAACUGCAUAUCUGCUUGCACCGGAAUUAUCCGCCGUUUCCCCAACAUUGUUUAUUCCUUUAUCAUCGCGCUUAAGCGACCCAAUAACCACACACAAAUCGUAGUUUACGAGAUAAACAGAACGCGCACAAGACACCAGAAGACUUGCGAAUUUACCAUUGGCUAUAUGGCCCAGCAUCUGCAGAUCCUGUCUGAUAUGCGAUUAGUUGUAGCUCAUCAAAGUGGAUUUACCGCCUACUUCUUAAGAGGAGAAGCCACUGCAAUGUCGUUGGUACACCCGGAAAACCAGCUAUGUGCGUUCUUGAACUAUUCUGGAGUCGAUGCAGUGAGGGUGAUUGAAAUUCUUUGUCCGAGUGGUGGCAACUUCGGAGAGUACUUACUGGUCUUCCAAACUCUGGCCAUUUACGUGGAUCUGCAGGGCCGAAAGUCACGAGACAGGGAAAUAAUGUACCCGGCCUUUCCAACGUAUAUAACAUUUUGUGAUGGUCAUUUGUUGGUGUUCUCGGAUACACAUUUGGAUAUCUUCAACACUCAGACUGCUGAAUGGGUACAAUCGAUUGGUCUGAAGCAAUCACUCCCCCUCAACAAUCUGGGAAAUGUGGUGUUGGCUUCAGUAAAUGACACCCCGUUAAUUGUUUACCUAUCCAAUAUUCACACGAAGGGCCUUCUGCAAUAUCGCGAUGGAAAUCGAAAAGGACUUCCGAGUAUAAAGCGCAGAUUUUCCAUUAGAGAGAUUAACAAAACCAUCAAAAGUGAUCGUAGAUCAAAGAUGAUAUCUGCGCCAACAAAUUUCAAUCACAUUUCUCAUAUGGGGCCGGGCGAUGGCAUUCAAAAUCAACGACUCCUAGACUUACCAACCACUCUCGAAACAGCCGAUCAAGCCAGCAGUCCAAUAAUACAUUCGUUGAGUUCCAUACCCCAAACUAGAAAAUCAAAUUUUCUAGAUCAAGUGGAUGCAAACUCUGACGACUAUGGCAAUGAUAAUAUAAUCUCUAGAACCCCCAGUCCAAUGGCAUCGUCCUUUAUGGACGGCUUGAGCAAUAACGAUUAGUUUCAGUCAAAUCUCUACAUAUGUAGUUUACUCGAUUUUUUAAGAUAACUGUUUGUAAUAAACAUAUUUAAUUUCUCGAAUAUCAA